AUGUCACUCCCUCUCGCACUCCCUCUCGUCGCGGUCGAUUCCAAGGUAGCGGACACAUGGCGGGCGUCGGUAGCAGUUGGAGGGAUGACUUGUGCGGCCUGCGCGGGAGCCAUUACAAAGGAACUCGAAGGGAAAGAUUGGGUCCGGAGGGUCGUCAUCAAUCUCCUCUCCAACAGCGCCACGAUCGACUUUGAGGGCGCACAACACAGGAACGAUAUCGUCGGGAGCAUCGAGGACAUUGGAUUUGAGGCAACGAUCGACAACGUUGUUGAUUUGGCGGCAGUCGAGAAAGGUGGCCAAGAACAAACUAUCCACAGGACCGUUGAUAUUUUGGUGCAGGGGAUGUUCUGCAACAGCUGCCCAGACAGAGUUGGCGACGCACUCGAAGCCUUUGCUGGACGUUUGAAGAUCGAGAAGGCACUAACGGUGCAAGAUCCCAUCAUAACCAUCCGAUAUACUCCCCAGGUACCAAAUUUUACUAUUAGAACUAUCGUCUCAGCAAUAUCAAGCAUGAACCCCGCAUUCAAACCUACAAUAUAUCAUCCACCAACCAUAGAGGAGCGAUCCCGGAAAAUCCACGCCAGGGAGCAGCAUCGAAUUUUGAUCAGGGUCGUGCUGACCCUCGUUCUGGCCAUCCCGACUCUCAUCAUUGGAAUCAUAUACAUGAGUCUAGUUUCCAAAAAUGAUCCCGGCCGGCAAUUCUUCAUGGCACAACUCGAAGCAGGAGUCAGCAGAGCGCAGUGGGCGUUGUUCAUCAUGGCAACUCCUGUAUACUUUUUCUGCGCCGAUGUAUUUCAUAAGCGAGCCCUGAAGGAAAUUAAAUCCAUGUGGCGGCCGGGAAGCAAGACUCCGUUACUGCAAAGAUUUUACCGCUUUGGCAGCAUGAACAUGCUUAUGUCUAUUGGUACAUCGAUAGCCUACUGGUCGUCUGUUGCUCAAUUGAUUGCUGCUGCCUUUCAUUCCCAUGGGAUGGUGGAUAACAACUCCUUCUACUUCGAUUCGGUGGUCUUCUUGACUCUCUUCCUGCUCACUGGACGUUUCAUCGAAUCAUACAGCAAGUCGAAGACAGGGGAUGCGGUCACCUUACUUGGAAAGCUUCGGCCCACAAAGGCACUUCUGGUAACAUCCGACUUCAACUUUAGCGCAAGCGACGAGACUCUCAACAAUGAGAAUGCAAACGGCGUCGAAACUGUCCAACGGGUCAAUGUUGACCUCCUGGAGUUCGGUGAUAUUGUCAGAGUCUUACACGGAGGUUCUCCACCAUGCGAUGGGACUGUGAUUCAUGGCGAGACCAAAUUCGAUGAAUCCAGUCUGACUGGAGAAUCGAGACUUGUCAAGAAGGUCAUUGGAGACGACGUAUUCUCUGGCACAGUCAACAAAGAUGCUCCUGUUUCGAUCGAAAUCACUGGGGUGGCAGGAUCCUCGAUGCUUGAUCAAAUCGUGAAAACUGUUCGUGAAGGCCAAACCAAACGAGCUCCCAUGGAACGCAUCGCAGAUACCUUGACCAGCUAUUUCGUCCCUUUCGUCACCUUGAUAGCUAUUAUGACCUGGAUUGCCUGGCUUUGCUUGGGUCUUUCGGGAGCGCUCCCCAAGGACUACCUUGGUUCCGAGACAGACAGUUGGGCCGUUUGGUCUCUGCAAUUUGCCAUUGCAGUGUUCGUUGUAGCUUGUCCUUGUGGACUUGGCCUUGCUGCACCCACUGCCAUCUUCGUCGGAAGUGGAUUGGCUGCAAAGCAUGGAAUAUUGGUCAAGGGUGGAGGUGAAGCGUUCGAGAAAGCUAGCAAACUCGAUUGUGUCGUAUUCGACAAGACGGGCACUUUGACUGUUGGUGGUGAGCCGGUCGUUACGGACUUCGAAAGUUUCACUGUCGAAGCUGAGAUGGUCGAAGAUGAAAACGAAGUUGAGAGCAGGGUACUUGGUAUGGUCAACGCGAUCGAAGGAAACAGCAGCCACACAGUCGCCAAGGCUUUGGCUUCGUUCUGCCAAGAGAAGCAGUUGGAAGGACGAGAUAUCGGAAUUGAUGUUGACCAUGUUGAAGAAGUGGCUGGGAAAGGGAUGAAGGGAACAUUCCACGCCAAUGACACAACCGAAGACGUGGAAAUGAUCAUCGGCAACGAGCUCUUGAUGUCCGACAGCAUGGUUGAUAUUUCACGGUCGACUCAAUCUACAAUCGACGAAUGGAAGUCAAAAGGACGAUCCAUCGCCCUCGCAGCCGUAAGAUCUAACACAGACAAGAACGAAGACGACUGGUUCUCAACAUCUAGCUGGCAACUCGCAGCCGCCUUUGCCGUCUCCGACCCUGUCCGACCAGAAGCAGCGGGAAUCAUCAAAGCGCUUCAGAAACGAGGCAAGGACGUUUGGAUGUUGUCUGGCGAUAACCAGAUCACAGCUAACGCCAUCGGAGCUCAAGUCGGAAUCCCAACCAGCAACAUCAUCGCUGGCGUCCUGCCCAGCCAAAAAGCAGAGAAGAUCCAGUAUUUACAGAAAUCCCUCAAAUCUCGCAAUGCCAACAGAACAGAACAUGCCCAAAGCAGAGCGUUGGUUGCAAUGGUCGGAGACGGAAUCAACGACUCCCCAGCCCUCACGAUGGCAGAUGUCGGCAUCGCCAUUGGCUCGGGCUCAGAUAUCGCUAUCUCUUCUGCGGAGUUCGUGCUCGUCUCCAGCAACCUGAAUUCUCUCAUCACAUUGCUUGAUCUAAGUAAAUUUGUAUUUAGGAGGAUCAAGUUUAAUUUUGGCUGGGCUUUGGUCUACAACCUUUUUGCGCUGCCAGUUGCAGCUGGCGCGCUGUAUCCGAUCAAAAGCCAUGGAGUUCAUAUCAGACUGGAUCCGGUUUGGGCGAGUUUGGCGAUGGCGAUGAGUAGUAUCUCUGUUGUGCUGAGUAGUCUGGCGUUGAGAAGUAGGCUGCCUUGGGCUGGGUUCAAGGUUGCCGAGCAGGUGGGACGUGAGAACUGA